GUCUCUCUCCCUUCCAUGCUCUAGCUCUCCUGAAUGUGCCUAUGGAUCAAGGUUCAGGGACAGGAAGGGCCCCCACCAGGGAGGUUGCCAAAGACAAUCCAGGAAGGAGCACAGAGGGAAGUUUGAUCCUAGGCCUCUCCAGCUCUGAAUGCUAGCUGGAACCCCAGGACAGAAUCUGGCAUCUUCUCUCAACAUGACCCUCACCCUGUUCCUCACUGAGCCAGCACUUCUGUUUGAAUUAGUAAAUAUUUGCCAGUGCCUCACACUCCCCACCAUCCCAACCCCCACAUGCUCCUGACACUAAGACCCAGAGGAGAGUCCUGCCCUUACUUAUAGUAGGGGCUGUCCCAGAGAGAUGGACACCCUGACAGACCCCUGCCCUGAGGCAAGAACAGGCUUCCAGUGGCUCUGGUUCUGUGCCUUGUGUUUUCACACAUGCAACCUCACUUCAACCCUGUGAGGUGGUUCCUAUUAUCAUCACUCUUUUACGGAUAACGACACUAGACCCAGAGCCAGCACUUGGCAGAGCCAGGAUUUGAACGCAGGAGAUCCGGCUCUGAAAUCACAUCUUCCAGGGAUUUGGAGUAGGAUAGGAGUUGUGAAUAAGAAUCUCUCCUGCUCCUCUUCCUCCAUUCCUCCCUCUACCUGCAGACCUCAGCUCCUCCUGCCCAGGAACCCAAGCGCCUUGAGGGCAGUGCUCUGCUUCUGCCCUGUCACGUGAGGAGCCUCAAGAGAGUGGGCCUACAUGAAAAAGCCACCCCCAAAAUACACCCUGGGUAUACUGGGUUCACUGAGUCAGGAGAACUGGUAUUUGAACCCAGAACUGCAGAGCUCCACGGCCCAGGCUCUUUCCCUUCUUUGGGAUUGUCACAUCACCCACACUCCUGCAGGGCACUCUCUGAGCCCUCCUCCCCCAGCCGAGGCACUAAGCACUGCGUGUUAGGGCUGGCCACCAGCCAGAUGGGGCUGUCCACCGAGGUUUUUGUAAUACAGCCCUUUAGAGAUUGGCUGUGCCAAAGGACGGAGGCUUUAUUAUAACUUGCACCACUUCUGCCUAUAGUCAGUUGUGAGGAGCAUGGGGACAGUGGUAAGAAUUGGGCCUAGGGUCCUGGGCUGGGUGGCCUGUCUGCUCCUGGCAUUCCCUGCUACAGCCACUGGGCCUGAGGUCACUCAGCCUGAAGUGGACACCACCCUGGGCCGUGUGCGAGGCCAGCAAGUGGGCGUGAAGGGCACAGACCGCCUUGUGAAUGUCUUCCUGGGCAUCCCGUUUGCCAAGCCGCCUCUGGGGCCUGGCCGAUUCUCAGCCCCACGCCCAGCGCAGUCCUGGGAGGGUGUGCGGGAUGCCAGCACUGCCCCUGCAAUGUGCCUGCAGGAUCUGGAGAGAAUGGACAACAGCAGAUUUGUGUUGAACGGAAAGCACCAGCACUUCCCUAUUUCAGAGGACUGUCUGAUCCUCAACAUCUACAGCCCGGCUAAGGCCACCGUGGGGGCCAGGAGGCCGGUCAUGGUAUGGAUCCAUGGGGGCGCUCUGGUGGCCGGCGCCGCCACCUCCCAGGACGGGUCAGCCCUGGCCGCCUAUGGGGAUGUGGUAGUGGUCACGGUCCAGUACCGCCUGGGGCUCCUUGGCUUCCUCAGCACUGGAGACGAGCACGCCCCUGGCAACUGGGGCUUCCUAGAUGUGGUGGCUGCUCUGCACUGGGUGCAGGGGAACAUCUCCCCCUUUGGAGGUGACCCCAACUCUGUCACCAUCUUUGGCGGUUCUGCCGGUGCCUGCAUCGUCUCUGCCCUGGUCCUGUCCCCGCUGGCUGCAGGGCUAUUCCACAGAGCCAUAGCCCAGAGUGGAGUCAUCACCAUUCCCGGCUUACAGGCUUCGAACCCAAGGCUCCUGGCUCAAAGCUUCGCGGACUCCAUGGCCUGCAGCUCUACCUCCUCAGCUGAGAUGUUGGAGUGCCUUCGGGAGAAGGCAAACAAGGAGCAGAUCCUUAACAUGAAGUUGAACACUACAGCUACCUACACCAUUGAUGGCACCUUCUUUCCCAAGAGCCCCAGGGAGCUCUUGAGGGAGAGGCAGUUCCAUUCUGUGCCCUUCCUCCUGGGUGUCAACAAUCACGAGUUUGGCUGGCUCAUCCCCAAGGGCUGGGGUUUCCUGGAUAAGAUGAGGCAGAUGAGCGUGGAGGAUAUGCUGGCCAUAUUAAGACCCCACUUGACCAUUCUGGAUAUACCCCACGAGGUGAUGCCCACCAUCAUAGAUGAAUACCUAGGCGGCAGUUUCGACGCAGAAGCCAGACGCAAUGCCGUCCAGGAAUUCUGGGCUGACCUUAUGGUUAUCUUUCCCACCUUGAAUUUCUCAAGAAACCUCCGAGAUUCUGGAGCCCCCGUCUUUUUCUAUGAGUUCCAGCAUCGACCCAGUUCUUUUGCGAAGAUCAAACCAGACUGGGUGAGGGCUGACCAUGGGGCUGAGAUUGCCUUCAUAUUCGGAGGUCCUUUCCUCAUGGAUGAGAGCUCCCUGCUGGCCUUUCCAGAAGCUACACAGGAGGAGAAGCAGCUGAGCCUCACCAUGAUGGCCCAGUGGACCCAAUUUGCCCGGACAGGGGACCCCAAUGGUGAGGGGUUGCCUCCUUGGCCUGCAUUCAAGCAGUUGGAGCAAUACCUGGAAAUCAGCCCGACACCACGAGUUGGCCAGAAGCUAAGAGAAGCCCAAAUGCAGUUCUGGGCAGAGAUACUUUCUGCCAACUUCCGGCAGUGGCAGCAGAAGCAGAAGGGCAGGAAGGCCCAGGAGGAGCUCUGAGGCAGGGCAUGGGCCUUCUUGGCUGGAGGCCAACCCUAGGGGUGGCAGAGUCCCAGCAAAACAGCUUCUUUCUCCCCCUGCUAAGAAACUUUAACUCAAACCAAGCUGAUGUAUGGACAUGUCCCUUAAGGAAUCAGCCCCUCCAUGACUGACAUUGUGCUGUUGAAAUGUCACCUGCUUCCCAGUUUAAGGGCCUCUGUACAAACUCCUCCCUCUUCUUUCCCCCUUGCUUCCUAGCAAGUUCCAGCUCUUUCCUUAAGCUCCCUCCUCCAUGAAGCUUUCCCUGCCUUCUCUAGGCCCGAGUGUAUGUCCGUUACAGCAUAGCCCACUCCAGGCUAGCACUGUCUGUAUCUGUGUCUCUUUCCCUUCUCUGAGAGUAGAAAUCAACCUGACCCCACUCUGCAUCUUCCCCACAAGGAUCAGGAGGACUUGGAGUCAGGAAUGUUUGAUGAGCGAGUAAAAGACUGAGAGAGUGUGUGAAUGGUGGCUGCUGGAUGUGAACCCAGGCUCUUCAGCCACCAAAGCUAUGCUCAGGCCUACACAGAUGUGCCCCUUGGCCAGAAGGGUGAAUGGACUCCAAAGGCAGUCCUGGGGUAGGAGGAAGUCCUGAGACCUCAAAGAAUUCUCUAGAAUGGAUCUCAGCCCCCAAAGGCCUCUAACUCAGGCUAAAGGAGAUCCUUUUCUCUGUGCUGCCCAGACUUGUUCCCCUGCUCCCCUGCACAAGACACAGCAGAAUCCAGCAGGGCCAGAGCCCUGACUCUUAGCUUAUGAGAUGUCAGCUUCCCAGUCCUAGUGCUUCAAUGCUUUAUGGCCUGCUAGGCUCCUCCCUGCCCUCCCAGCUUGGGGAGACCAACUUCUGGGGGAACUGAGCACAGCUCCACAGCACCUACUAGGACACAGGAGAGGAGACUGGGGGAGGGUGUCUGGACUAGUGCAUCAGUCAGACUAUUGUCACAGAGAAAAGAAGAGGCCUACCCACUCAGGCCACAACAAAUGAAGAGGAGCCAGAGGCUUUUGAGGCAAACAUUUCUUCUUUUUGAGAAUCAAUGCACCACUCCCUUGGCGCAUCUGGAUUUUAAUACAUGCCACAAGGACUUUCUUUCCCUGCCCCCACUAUCUCAUCCUACAGGUCUAAUCCCACAUAUACCCUUCUUCCAUCAGACUCAGUUCCUGGCUGCUGAGGGUUACAUGAAAGCACUUGCAAUCGGGACCAGUGCUGUUCAGGGAAGUCCUUUUUGGGCAAGGAGGAGACACAUAAAGCCAGAGGGACACUAAGUCAUACCACUACCCUGCUCAAGAGCUCCUUGUGAUUCUCUGUCACCCUUAGGGCAAGUCCAAGUUCUUCACAUGGCAUUGAAAGCCUUCUGUUCUCAUCCCCCUUCUCCACCAGGGAAGUAUGUCCCCACAAGCCAGUAGAGAGCCUGGCAAGUACAUAAGCCCCAAUCACGGUGUGCCACUAGGGACACAGAGGGCUGUAGGAGCACAGAGGCAUAGUCCAGCCCUGACAUGUGCCUUCUCUAAAUAAAUAAAUAAAUAAAUAAAUAAAUAAAUAAAU